AUUAUCAGUGUGUAGGUUGUCUGUCAAAAACAGCACAGAGUGGAAGGUCAGGGAAGCGUGCUUUUUGAACACAGAAACGGGAACGUGCUGUGGUUCAUAUAGAAAUAGCGACUUUAUACAGUUAGCCAGGGAAGUGUUUCAUAGGACUGGUGCUUAUACGAACAACAGCCACUCGUUUAAAAUGUUACAUCCACUUAAUUAACGAAGUAGAGCGGAAAUUGGAGGUAGCCUAGCAUCUUGUGAGCUAACACACCAUCAUCAUCCCUCCACUGUCACUAUGUUUAGGAGCCUUUUGAGACUUCAAAGUCACUUUGGAAACACACUUUCUCUCAGUAAAGUGUGCACACGAAGUCAGAAGUUAUGGUUUUCUCGGAAAUACUCCUCAGCAGUAGCAGAGAGGAGGAGGUUUUAUCAAGAUGUCAGCAUAUCUCAAGGUGAAGGUGGUCUAUAUGAGAUAAACCUGGACAGAAGGAAACUGAAAACACCUGGUGGGAAGCUGUUCACUGUGCCAAAUGAAGCCCUGGCCAUUGCUGUGGCAACCGAGUGGGACGUGCAGAGAGACACACUCAAGUUCUACACCAUGCACCUGACGACGCUGUGUAACACUGCACUGGACAAUCCCACCCAACGUGAUAAAGACCAAAUGAUCACUGCUGCUCUGAAGUUCCUGGAGACUGACACUGUCUGUUACAGAGUGGAUGAGCCUCACGGUUUAGUCGAGCUACAGAAGAACGAGUGGGACCCGGUGCUGCAGUGGAUUGAAAACAGAUACAACGUCACAAUCGGCUCCUCGUCCAGUAUUCUGGGACCUGAUAUCCCGGCGGCCACCAAAGACACUUUCCAGCAGCACCUGAAUUCUUACAAUUUCUGGUCCCUCACAGGGCUGGAGUAUGUGAUCACGCAGCUGAAGUCUGUUGUGCUGUCGAUGGCGAUGAUUGACAGACAUCUGAGCGUGGAAGAGGCCGUGCUGCUCUCCAGACUGGAGGAGGAAUAUCAGAUUCAGCGCUGGGGAAGCGUCGAGUGGGCCCACGACUACGACAUGUAUGAGUUGCGGGCACGGACCGCCGCCGGAGCUCUGUUUGUUCACCUCUCGUCCGAGAGCUCGACUGUCAAGCGUAAACUUCUGCAGGACUGAGGGAGGACAGUGAACUCACACAUGCCACGAACAUCACUUUAUCCACGAUUCCCACAUCAGUGCAGACAAAAGCUCUACAAAUCCUUGUUUCCUCCAUUUAGCUGUGACCGCUGCAGUGUUCAGUUCUGUGUGUGACACCACCACACUGACGUUUCCGCUCGGUUCACUUUGGCAGCUGUUGUCUGUGCAGUGGUGGAAUAUUGACUCAAUGACUUGUACAAAAAACACUGCAUGUAGAGAAAUAGUCACUUACAUUUGUUAGAAUAUAAUAAAUCCAAAUAAAUAUCUGUAACUAAUAUGGACAUAUUUCCACAGAGGCACGUUAUUGGACUCUUUGCUGAUAUUUUGGGAGUGCUCGAGGUCCAUGCUCAGCUGCAGAGUUCAUUUUAGUCUCUUCUGUGCUGAAAUUAUCAUUUUUCGUUCUCAUGUCCCCGCAGAUAAAUAAAUAUAACUAGAGUAACUAGA